AACAUGUUUGUUGUGCUUGUAGUUGAUCUUCUGCAUGAGUUUGAGCUUGGAGUCUGGUGUAUGCUUCUAGUUCACUUACUUAGAAUUCUUACUUCCUUGAACAGGGAUCUGGUGCAUGAACUUGACAGGAGGUAUCAACAGGUCCCCCUAUUUGGUCCAGUGACCAUUAGAAGAUUCUCUUCCAAUACCUCCAAAAUGUCAAACAUGGCUGCAUGA